ACACAGUUCAUAUGGCUCUAUUAAAUAUGGAUGGCAUUGAUGAUUGUUUAGAAAGUGAUCAGGCGUUUUAUAUAGAGAUAACAAUUAAUUUAGAUACACUUGUUGAAGAAAUUACAUCAAACAUAUCAUAUGAUCAACAAGAUAUUAAGCAAUUUAUUCGCGAAAAUUUAGUACAAAGAGCAUCUGAGCUUCAUAGAAUUAUCGUAUCUAAAGAACUUUGUGGAUAUGAGACUUUAACUGUAGAUCAAGUAUAUUUCUGGUGGACACAUGAAGCAUCAAAACUGUUUCGAAGACAUGAUGAUCAGUAUGAAUCGGCAAAAUUACUUUUAGCUGAAAAAGGAUAUGAAAUUUUGGCUGAAGAAAGCGAGGAAACUGAAUAUGAAUUGAAUUUAAAUGAUAACGAUAAUUAUUUAAGCAGUGUUGACAAUAGUAGUGACAUAGAUAUUACGACGAAUAAAGAUAUCGAACUUAAAAUAGUACUCGAAAAG